CCUUCUCGCACUACGGCCAGGCCCUGUGCGUGUCCUUCCCGCAGCCCUGCCGCGCCGCCGAGCGCUUCCAGGUGCUGCUCACCUACCGCGUCGGGGAGGGACCUGGGGUUUGCUGGUUGGCUCCUGAGCAGACAGCAGGAAAGAAGAAGCCCUUUGUCUACACUCAGGGUCAGGCUGUCCUAAACCGGGCCUUCUUCCCUUGCUUCGACACGCCUGCGGUGAAAUACCGAUAUUCAGCUCUUAUUGAGGUUCCAGAUGGCUUCACAGCUGUGAUGAGUGCUAACACCUGGGAGAAGAGAGGUCCAAAUAAAUUCUUCUUCCAGAUGUCUCAGCCCAUCCCCUCCUAUCUGAUAGCUUUGGCCAUCGGAGAUCUGGUGUCAGCUGAAGUUGGACCCAGGAGCCGUGUGUGGGCUGAGCCCUGCCUGAUUGAUGCUGCCAAGAAGGAGUACAACGGGGUGAUCGAAGAGUUUUUGGCAACAGGAGAGAAACUUUUUGGACCCUAUGUUUGGGGAAGGUACGACUUGCUCUUCAUGCCGCCAUCCUUUCCAUUUGGAGGAAUGGAGAACCCUUGUCUGACCUUUGUCACCCCCUGCCUGCUAGCAGGGGACCGCUCCUUGGCUGAUGUCAUCAUCCAUGAGAUCUCCCACAGUUGGUUUGGGAACCUGGUCACCAAUGCCAACUGGGGUGAAUUCUGGCUCAAUGAAGGUUUCACCAUGUAUGCCCAGAGGAGGAUCUCCACCAUCCUUUUUGGGACUGCUUACACCUGCUUGGAGGCUGCAACCGGGCGUGCCCUGCUGCGUCAGCAUAUGGACAUCACUGGAGAGGAACACCCACUCAACAAGCUCCGAGUGAAGAUUGAACCAGGUGUUGACCCAGACGACACCUACAACGAGACCCCCUAUGAGAAAGGUUUCUGCUUUGUCUCAUACUUGGCCCACUUGGUGGGUGAUCAGGAUCAGUUUGACAAUUUUCUCAAGGCCUAUGUCGAUGAGUUUAAAUUCCAAAGUAUCUUAGCUGAUGACUUUCUGGAAUUCUACUUGGAAUAUUUCCCAGAGUUGAAGAAAAGGAGAGUGGAUUCCAUUGCAGGUUUGGAGUUUGAUCGGUGGCUGAAUACCCCUGGCUGGCCCCCCUACCUCCCUGAUCUUUCCCCUGGGGACUUGCUCAUGAAGCCUGCUGAAGAGCUGGCUCAGUUGUGGGCGGCUGAGGAGCUGGACACGAAGGCCAUUGAAGCUGUGGCCAUCUCUCCCUGGAAGACCUACCAGCUGGUCUACUUCCUGGAUAAGAUCCUCCAGAAAUCUCCUCUCCCUCCUGGGAAUGUGAAAAGGUUUGGAGAGACAUACCCCAAGAUCUCAAAUGCCCAGAAUGCGGAGCUGCGGCUCCGCUGGGGCCAAAUUGUCCUUAAGAACGACCACCAGGAAGAUUUCUGGAAAGUGAAGGAGUUCCUGCACAGCCAGGGGAAGCAGAAGUAUACCCUCCCACUGUACCACGCAAUGAUGAGCGGCAGUGAAGUGGCCCAGACUCUCGCCAAGGAGACCCUUGCGUCCACCACAUCCCAGCUCCACAGCAACGUUGUCAACUAUGUCCGGCAGAUCGUGGAGCCCAAGGGCGGUUAGAGACUCAUGCGCAUGGCCUCUUGCCUUUGUAGACUUCACAGGCUUCCAGAAGCAUUUGUUCCCAAAUUCCAGGUCUCUGAUCAACUUCCUGAACUUUAUAUAUCCCCUCAGAAUAAUCUGUUCUCCGGGCUUAGGUAUCGAUGACUCUGCUCUGGUUGGAACUUCUCUGGCUCCCUGUAGGCCGCAGGCAUUGGAGGGACAGCUGCCACUGGAGGGCCUCUCCCCGCUCCCCACUUAAGUCUCUGGGUAGAAGUGGAGAGAACUAACUUCUUUCCGUCCUUCCUUCUCUCUUUUUGCUGAUUUUUUCAAGUACUGUGCAAAGGGCUGGCAUUCUGGUUCUUCUUUUUUCAGGUUUAAUCUUAUUUUUAAUAAAUGUUUUUAAGCAAAAAAUAGA